AUGUCCGAGUCGGGAGUAUCAAAUGGUGCCCCGGAGGUAAAGAACCCUCGCGCUCCGGAACGGGCGCAUCUGGGCCUCGAUUUCGCGGUAGACGGACCUGGGCCGCUUCACGACGACCGGCCCCGCCACAUCCAGUCGCAAUCCUCGCUGCGAUCACAGUCACACAUUGCAUCCGUACCAUCCAUUACCGGCGCUCAGAAUGGCGGCGAGGCUGAUGUGGCGGAGGAGUUGGCCUGGGGCCCUGCGCAUCCGUGUUAUCCUCACAUCAACCCACAUGUUCCGAUUGGGUCUGAGGAGUACAUGACCACCCGCAUCAUACGAAUCCGGCGUGAUUGGAUGAUCAAGGGAGACCUAGCUCCCACAUUCUCCAACCUGUACCCCGAGAUUCUGGACCCGCUAUUACCCGAACAAGAGUUUCGAAAGGUGAUCGCCACAGUGAAUGAUGAGCUCGUUAAGGCGUUCGAUCCGUUCAGCCUUCGCAACUUCAUCGACAGUGCGCUGAGCCUUCUGACGGGAUGGAUUUGGGAAGACAUAGGCGCGCCAGGAAUCAAGAGCCAUCUCAAACGGGUGGAAGCGUGGCUGGAGAGGUGGAACAGAGAGGUCGGGGCCAAGGACGGAGUACAUAUCUGGAGUCUCCGCAGGACGGCGUACAUGUCGCUGGACAUCCAGAUCCCGGAUCCUAAGGUUGGCAUCAUCCGCAGUGAGGGAGUUCCAUCGCUUCCAGGGACCCGGCCGAGCAGCGGCGUUUGA